UUAGCUUAAUCACUGCUCUACAGGACUACGGCACCGGUUUUCAUUUGAGAAUUUGAACUUAUAAAAAUAAAAGACAUACUUAACAUAGUAAAUUUAUACAAAUAAUUAGUCAUGAGUACUUCAAUCAUCACUUACGAAACUUAAUUAAGUAUUUACUGUUUAGUGGUAUUCAAAGUUUCAUAGAAAACAAUAAAGUUCAUUAGCAUUGUGAAAAAGUGCACGAUUUUGUACUACAAUUAUGCCUAGAAGGAUAUCACUUCUGCAAAAUACUUUACUAAGAAAUGGGGAUAGUGACAUUCCAAUGGGGAGAGCAGAUGAAUAUAAAGGGAUUGAUAUUACAAUGCCAUCAGUUACUAUUGCACCUCAUGAACUUAGAAAUAUUAUGGCUAGUUCGGAGCGAAGUGACAUGACUCUUAGAGAAAUGAUGGAUGACAGUACAGCUACUGGUCUUGUUUUAAAAGCUAAAGAGCCUUGGAAGGAUAUUCACUCAAAACUGCAUUAUGACUUUUUGGGUAGUUUUCAAGCUCACACAUCUGAACUUCAGAUUUUUGAAACCGUUGCUGAUUUCAUUCAGAAUUGUACUGAUACAUUAGAUCUUAUGAGAGGUGUCAAAUCAAAAGUGGAAAACCCAGAUUUAUCUCUAGAAGAAAUGAGUUUAGAAAAUGAAAGAAACAUUUGGAGACUAGUUUACUGCCUUUAUGAGAAUCGUUUAAAUUCAGCAGAUUAUGAGGAUCAAAUGGAAUUAGAUAAUUGUAAUAUAUCAGAAAAAGAGGUGAUUGGAACUUUGUACAAGAACAGUAAGCUGAUUAGAGAAUAUCAACUCAUAAUUGAUUGGCUCGAGAAGAAUGCAUUAGAUAGGGCUGACAGAUUACCUUCAAUAGAAAAUUUUACAGAUAGAACCAUUGCUUGGGAGAAUACUUUACAUCAGCUACAAAAUAAAAAAUCUGAAAUUACUUUUCCUUCGUCUAGACCAAUUGUAACUUCAAUGGAUCCAGAUGCUCCAAUUAGAGAAGGCAAACCAUUACAUGAUUUAGAUAAAGAGGAUGAUGCAAGAUUAGAAAAGAGAAUGCUUAUUGAGGUACGCUGUGGUAGGCUACAAAAAGCUCAAGCACUAGCCAUACAUUGUGGUCAGCAAUGGCGUGCAGCAUGUUUACUAGGAUGGAUACCAUAUCAUGAUCCAAAUUAUAAAAAUCCUCUCACUGAUACAAAAUUACCUGUAGAAGGCAAUCCUAAUAGAAGCUUGUGGAAGCUAUGUGCUUGGGAGUUGUCUAAUGAUGAUAGAGUUGGUCCAUACUAUAGAGCUAUUUAUUCUAGUCUUUGUGGCAAUGUGAAGCAAUUAUUAUCUGUGGCAACAUCAUGGCAAGAUGGUCUUUGGGCUUAUUUGAAAACUCUUCUUGAUAUCAAAGUGGAAGCAGAAGUGAGAGGAUUUAUGCCAAAAGCUUAUACUGCUUUACCUGAUGAAUAUUGGAAAGGUGAAAAUACAUUAGAAGAUAUUUUUGAUGAAUUGGAAGCUUCUAAAAAUCCCGCUAUCAAUUCCCAAGCUAAAGAACCAGUCAAUAGAAUUCAAAAAUAUUUAAUUUUGGAUGAAAUUACAACUUUGAUGGAUGAUGUAGACAAUAUGAUUGAUCAAAAAACUUGCGAUACUCAAUUUCUGCGAUUUCUUGCUCAUUUGAUGCUGUUUUUAAGACAAAUUGGAAAAAAUGUGAAUGAACAGGCAUCAGAGAAAGUUUUACUUGAAUAUGUUAAAGUUCUCAUGGAUCUUGGCGAUCCAAUUCUAGUAGCAUUUUACACAUCUACUUUAUCAAAAGAAGCACAGAUAACAAAAUACGCUCAAUUUUUGGAGAGAGUUAGCAAUUAUGAGGCUCGCAAAAAAUGUCUUAACGCAGCUGAAGAUGCAAACUUAAAUGUUGAAGCAAUCACUAAACUGGUAGUUGAAAACAUUAGGAAGAAAGAUAAUGAAUUUGAUCCAAAAGAUAUAAAAGGUGACAUAACGGAAACUGAUUUGGAAAAAAUUAAUGCAAUUGAUUGGUUGAUUUUCUAUCCAAGCCAAAGAGAAGAAGCUUUGUGGCAAACCAAUGCUUUAAUAAGAUAUUUUUUAACUAAUGAAAAAUUAGAUGCUGCUAGAAAAGCAUUCAACAAGAUCCCAGCAGAUGCUAUUAAUAUAAUUAUGAAUGAUUUUCCUGCACUGCAAAAUACCAUUGAAAAUUUAAUGACUGCAAACGCUUUGCCUAAAAAAGCAUCUUCAUCUAUCCGAGAAUAUUUGUGCUAUAAAGCCUAUUUGGAUGCUAAUGAGGGUUUUGCUGAAUGGUUUUCUCACUAUCAUCACAACAGACCAACUCCUGUACCAGAACCAACAGCCUUUGCUACGUUCACAGAAAAAGUAGCAUUUGAACAUAAAAGUUCCAUAUAUAACAACGAAUUGGAAAGAUGGAAAACUACUAUGCAGCAUCAUACAAAGGCUGUUAAACAGUUGCUCUUUAACGUUCUUUUGUUUCCCGAUGGUGGUUGGUUAAUCGACUCCGUAAAUACUACAAGUAGUGAACCCACAACAUCUGAUGAAAUUUUAAGAGAGCAUCAACUAGACAAACUUAGAAAAUUAUGUAUCCCUAAAAUCACUUUAUUACUGUAUACUGUGAUGACAGAAAUGAAUCAACAUAAUGAAUGCGUUCAACUGGCAGAUAUUUUAGCUUCAGAACAACAUCAGUUAUACAAAGUAUUCAUAAAAGAAAAAUCAAGAGAAGUUUUCAAGAAGAUUUGCGAGUCAUCUCUUGCUCUAAUGGACCAAAAGAAGGAUCCGUGGGGUUACUCCAAAUAAAAAGUAUCCAAGUCUUCGUGAUCAUCUUGUAUAUUAUUUUAAAUGAACAUAUUACGAUUCUCACAUUGUACAUAUUAUACAACGAGAAAAGUGGCGUUAUAGAUUGAAUUAUAUAAAUGAUUUUCAUGAGUUAGACUGAUGAAAAUCGAAUACAGUAAUUUUUCUACUGCAGUACCAUUUUUUUUUUGUCACUUUUUUAUAUAAAACCAGUGUAUUGUUGAUUACAACAAGUCAAUAUAAAAUUUGUUUCAAUUUUAAUGAAAAUUUUUUCUUACAAAAAAAAACUUAAUUUUUAACCUGUCUAUGUAGACAAAAUAGGUUUAUGUUACCAGACCUACUUUAAGCUUACAGAUUUCGAUUUUAUAACCAAAUAAUCACAAACAGCAUUUUACAUUGACAAGGUACAGUCCAAAAUUAUCUAGAUGUGUAAUUUAUGAUCAAAAUGAAACAACAUAUUUAGAAAAACCGAUGAUUCAUUUUUCAGUGUUUAAUUACUCUUGUUGACAUUAGACUCUACAAGUCUAAUACAACACAUUUUUUGUCAUCGAUUUGUUUCGUUUUUAAAUUUUAUUUUGCUGAAAAAAUUUACUUUACUUACAUAAUUUAUAGGAAUGAAACGGACGUCAAAUAUAUAAUCUCAGUUAAUUUUUAAGAACGCUAUACUUUUAUUCGAGAUAUUGUCCAUGUAUUUUAACAAUCGUAAAAAACAGCUCAAGUUGCGCAGUAGGGAUAGGAAUGUUUCAUUGUUUACAAUACCGUUUAUGAGAUUUAUACUAAACCUUAAUCAUCAUUAAAAAAUAAAUUUUUACAAUAUGCAUUUGAACCAGUAGUACGUUUUUCAAAAUUUGGUAUAGGACUAACAAGGGUUGGAAAAUCUUUCUCGAAAUCAAUCCUAACAAUGUUUAUUCCACACUUUAUACAAUCAAACGAUUCCAAGAUAAACUGGUAUUUUUUUGAACCCCUAUCUAUAUACAAUAAUGUUGCUUAUAUAGCCUUUACAGCUCCAGUGUAUUGACGUAUAUAGUCAAAAUAUCAUUAAAAAUAAUUAAAAAGCUUCCAAGUAUUUCGAAUGGUUUUUUGUUAAAUUAUUAUUAUUAUUAAACGUUAUUUUGUAGUUAUGUAGAAUAACUUAAAAAAUAACAAAAAAUCAAGUAUACAAUUGUUUAAAAAACAAACUACACCUGAACUUCGAAAACACAUUUAAUUAAACCCGUUAAUAUUACAAUAAAAAAGCUCGUCGGUUAUCGGUUGAUAUAAAAGCUUAUAUAUUCUUUGAUACCCUUAGUUGCAACUUUACAAUUCAAUACAGUAUGGAACAUGUAAAUUCAUCAGUUCAUCAACUUUUUACGAAUGUUUUUUUUUUUUAAUAUUCCAUUGAUAGCUCUUAUUUCUUAAUCCUAUUCUAACAUGCAAAUGUGAAAAAAAGUCGGUUCAAAUGUGUGUUUACUUUUUGAGUACGAUCUUUUAAAUGUUUUCAGUUCUUGUAAUAUGCAUUCAUAGCUGGUUUUGUGUGCGCACUGAAAUCAUUAUCAUCUUAGAUUAUAGUUUCUGUGCGUAUUUGUUGGUACACCCAUCAGUGUAUAAUACUUAAGUAUCAUCUUGUUUGUUAUUAAUGAAACUGUGAAUCUUUUAUAUGCCUAAUAAUCAGCACUUAAAAACAGCUGAAUUUACAUUGGGAAAAAUGUACCGACAAUUUUAUUUUUUUUUGUCAUAAAUAUUUUUUUGUUCACGGUAGAAAUGUUGUAAAGACACGAUCAAGAUCCAAGUACACGUAUAUGAAAGUUUUUUGAACGGUCUAAAAAUAGAGAAAUUGAAAUUGAAUUAUUAAUCUUACAAACUGUCCUUUUUUUCGCUAAUCGCAUUUUUUUCUCUGUAAGAUUGAACUACGUGUUGCAUCAUAUUUACAACCCCACAUAUAGAUGAAGGUAAAUCAAACAAUCUGUUACUAGAUUUAUAUAUUAGAAUGAUUCAUUGAAAAUUGAACCAAUUGACCUGUUUUUCAUUCAUUAUUGAACAUAUAAUAAAUCAGAUUUGAGUAAAUAGCAAUAGCCAUUUUUUAUGUUGCUGUGCUUAAAAUUAACAAUUCUUUUUGUGUCGUUUUUUUAACUAGUGACUUGCGACAUUUAUUUGUCGAUAUGCUUAAUACUUUUGAUAUUCUAUGUCUAAUUUGUUGACUUGUUUGAUUUCGCUUUCAUUAUGCCUGUGUAUAUUGUUAAUAAAUGUUUUGUUUUUUUACUUUUACUUACAAUAAACCGCAUAAAAGAAUAUAGGUUCUAUAUUAACUAUACUAUAUGCUUUUUAUAUAUAACGUAUUAGGCGGAAAAUUAUACUCUUAUAUUUAUAUUUUAGCGUACUUUCUUCGUUCAUCAAGAAUCACUUUUGUUUUUGUUUUUUUUCCUAGUCUCCUUUAUUUUCAUUAUAUUGCGUUAAAUAUUGACACAAUUUGUCGACUAUUCAGUUUAUCUCAAGCUUUCAUUUUGUAAUUAUGCAUUGAAUAUUUCUUUCUAAUAUAACUGGAUGUAUUGAAUAUACUUUACAUUUUUUUCACAAUUUAUAUCUUAUAAAUCUAAAAAAUUUCGGUCUAAUUUAUUUAUGAUGUAAUUUUUAUAUUUUUUUGUCACAUUAUUAGGGAAACAUUUGUAUAUUAUAUUCGUGUAUCCAAAACAAUUUUAUUACAUUUUUUAAUUUUAGUUUUAAAUGAUAACAUUUUUGUAACGAUGAUCUUUGAUCAGAAAUUUUAAUAAAUAGUAAGGGGUUAUUUAUAAUUACUUCUUGUUAUCGCUAUCAACUUAAAACUCUCUCGCACCUUAAUAAAUGUGAAUAGAACAUAAGCAAUAUAUAUACGAUUUCGUUUAGAACGCAAUUUAAAGUAAAUUAAUUUUAACUUAUAAAUAUACUCAUACUAAUAUGAAAAAUGCUGGAUUAGAUUAUUGUAGGACAAUCGAUAAACUGUUGACUUAUUUGUAACUCUCUUUUAAUUUGUGUCUUUUUCGUUAUUUUUUCCCAUUUUACUUGUAUAUUACACAUUUUUCUUACUUACAAAUUUUUUUCAAGUUCUGUGUUUUGCAUAAGAAUUAUUACAUAACAAAUUAUGUUUUUGUUUGAGGAAGUACAAUAAUAAUAAAUUUAUUCACACGAAAUUACUAAAGAUUAAAAUCAAUUUUACUCGAAAUAAUUUCACAAAUUCAGAUUC